GAAUGGCAGCCAGGCAAGGCAGCCUUAGAAAUAAAGAAGCCAUGGAAGUAAUUGUAGUAGUAGCUGUGCUGCAGCAGCAAUGCUGCGUUGGCGAGGAUUGAUUACUCCGUGCGAUCGAUCGCUGCUAUAGCCGAUUCCUCCUCCCCUUGCAAUGUCGUUGUUGUUGCUGCUGCUUUGUCCACUUUGAUUAGCGCGUUUAGCGUUCUAUUCCGUAGCGCCUCACGGUGUCGUUACGCCCUCGUUCUUUCGCCAUGUACCUCGGCGGAUCUUGGUUUGAGCGCAUCCAGAGGCUAUUUUCGCUUUGUUUUCGGGAAUGGUAGCGUGUGCAGCGAGCGUUCUGGCCUUCGCGUUGAGGUUGACGCUUGUUAAGGAGAUCGGAGUAGUCGGUUGUGGCGUUUGUUAGGAGUUUUAUCGUGUUCGGAUUGAAGGGAAGCGUGUAUUGCUGCAUCAGAGUUGAAGGUGUGAGACGCGGUUUGUGUGAGUCCGAGGUGUUUGGUUACUCUGAUAGCUUGUCUGCUCACAGUUUUUUGGAAUCGGAUUCCGUACGCGAGGUUAAUCGAUGUCGUUCAUGCCUUUCGCCAUUCCCGGAGUUAGCGCAGUUUUUGACGGCAUAUCAACCCGUGUGGAGGAUUUUGCGGGAAUUUGAACCAUGGAGGCCUGCCGGAUGUGUUGUGCGGACUCUGCAUGAGUUGAGAGAAUAUAUUUCAUGCGGAGAAUUUACCGGAAUUCGUAGUGAGGAUCCAGGGAUUCUACAUAUGAGAAUCUUCGCACACAAGUAUUCUCACUUCGUGAGAGUGAAGACAAGGGCGGUGGUGCAGAUAUCUACUAGGAGCAGGUGUGUUUGCUUCAAGGCAUUGUGAUGGUUAAGUUGGCGUCGUACGAACCACUUGAGGGGGUGUCUUGCCCACCCUCUCCGUCCUCGCCCCGAUUGAGGAGGAAAGGAUGUGGACCUUGUGGCGGAAUUCCAGGUGCACGAUGGCUGAGCAAAUCCUUGAAGGAGAAACGCAACGGUGCAAUUAUACGCAAAGCAGACGGGUACAGGCGGAGCAAGAAGCGGGGUCGAGACGUCGAGGGAGAGGUCGAGGCAGAGAUUGAGUUGAAUCGAGAUGCACUCAUGGAUUCGGACGGGGAGAGUGACAGGGGAGUUCCAGCAUACGCUGGAUGGGUCUAUCAUGUCGGAACAAAUUCGUUAGGUUACCAGUUCUGCACCGAGCGGUUUCUGGUCAUCAAGGGACAUUACGUGACCAUGUUCAAGCGCAACCCUGUCGAGUACCCACGCGCUGUUCCUAUCAGAAGUGGUAUUGUUGGAACUCAUUUGAUGGUGGAGGAAGUGGGACGUCAAAUUUACCAAGGAAGGGCUCUGUAUGUUAUGCGGAUUUUCAAUCGCCUGGACCACAGCAGGCAAGGAGAGUUUGCAUGUAACACUGCCGAGGAAGUUGUCAAAUGGGUGUCUGCUUUCAAGCAUGCCAAAGAAGAGGCUAGUUUCUCUAGUGAGCGGAUUGGCACCGGCCGCAGAAUCAUCAACGGCGACGAUGAAUUUGAUAUAAAUAGGCCUCGAACACAUGCAAGGUCCGUCACAAGAGGCAUUGGCAAGCUUAUCACAAUUGGCAAAGGGCCAUUGAGGCGGCCAUCGAUAGUUUCGCCGCAGGAACUUGAUUCAGAAGGAUAUUACAACCAUCGGGAGGGAGAUACGUUUGAACAUGCUGAUUGGAGAUGCUUCUGCACUGUCAAUGGACUUCGAAUCUUUGAAGACAUUACAGCCUCCAAGGCUGAGAAAGGUACAAUAAUGAAGGCGGUUGGUGUGAUAGAAGCCACUCCUGAAGCAAUUUUCGAGCAGAUUAUGAGCUUGGACAGUGUCCUUCGAUACCAAUGGGAUACUCUGACCGGCAACGUGGAACUCGUGGAGCAAAUUGAUGGGCAUUCAGACAUCGUUUAUGGCUCAUUAGACCCCAAGUAUUUCAAGAGGUUUCAUGGUAGGCGAGACUUUCUUUUCUCAAGGUACUGGCGGCGCGACCAGGAUGGAUCCUACUCUAUUACACAGGUUUCAACCACUCACAAAAGUCGGCCAGCCAAACCUGGUUUCCAGCGGAUUGACCUGAGUCCGGGUAUCUGGGAGAUAACUCCCUUGCCACCUAGGCCUGGUUCUGGGUCUCCUCGGUCGCUGGUCACACAAGUAGUGGAAGUGAAGUCCACUGGAUGGGGCCGAUGGAAGCGAUGUCACUACUCCAAAUUUCAAAAGACUAUUCCCUUCAUUCUGCUUUGCCGAAUAGCAGGCUUGAGAGAACUGUUUGGUGCAAAUCCCGAGCUCGUCAUUGAGGAAGUCCAAGCCAAAAAGAGGCUGAUGAAAGAGGUAAACAUGGUGCUCAACGUAUCUGAUCCUGCGCUAGAGGUAGCCUCUCCAAUUUUGAUGAAGUCUCCAAGAGAAUCGGCCAUACGUGAGUCUAAAGAAGAGUUUUAUGAUGCAAUUAUGGCUGAUGAUCCUGAUGACGAAGAAGAUGAAGACGAAGGCGAUGAAGAAAACGGGCUAGUCAGCAAACAUCCGACAGCGGGCCAAAAAUUUAAAGGACUUUCUUGGGGCGUUGUACUCGGUUUGUCUGCUAAGAAGUUACCAUCAACUAGAUGUAGCCAAGAACUUGAUUGGAAUGCGUCAUCCUUGGAGCUGGAUCCUAAUAUGUUCUAUUCAUCAUUGAAGAGAACUGUAAAUGAUCAAGAAUGUAGUGGAUGGUCUGAUCCUGGGGGAAAGGGAUUCAUGGUUCGUGGUGUAACAUACAAUGACGACAAUCUAAAGAUAUCUGGUGGAGAACCUCUUCUGAAUCUGCUUGCUGUGGAUUGGCUGAAGUCCGAUCACAGGAUCGACCACAUUGCUUUGCAAUCUAGCUGCUGUGUGCAGUCUGUAGCGGGAAGGAAAGCGCCAUUUAUCCUUGUAAUCAAUCUACAGGUUCCUGCGAAGCCCAAUUAUAGCCUGGUUAUGUACUUCGUUGCUGACAGACCAAUUCAACCAGGAUCACUCCUUGAUCAGUUUGCUAAUGGGGAUGAUGCUUUUCGGAAUUCUCGAUUCAAACUCAUCCCCAGUAUUGUAGAGGGUUACUGGAUGGUGAAACGUGCUGUUGGUACAAAAGCUUGUCUGCUGGGUAAAGCUGUUACUUGCAAUUACUUGCGUAAAGACAAUUUCCUUGAGAUUGACGUGGAUAUUGGGUCGUCAUCAGUGGCACGGAGUGUGGUAGGAUUAGCUCUGGGUUAUGUGACAAGCCUCGUUGUGGACCUUGCAAUCCUCAUUGAGGCCAAAAGCGCACACGAGCUUCCAGAGUAUUUGCUAGGUACAAUGAGGAUAAAUCGAAUCAAGGCCGAGUCUGCAGCACAAUUUGUAGGAGACACCCCAGCCUGUUGAUCGUUGGCCCAAUUUUCCAGCAUCGGCCAAAUGGCAGUUGCAAUGAAUUCGUCGCAUUAUUCUUUAAACUUUCUGUACCAUAGUUAAUAUCUUUUAGCAAGGAAACUAUUUUUGGUUUAUUCUGUUUUCGAUUUACAUUCUUUGAUUCACGAGUUUCUUCCAUGAGACUUCUGGAUCCAUCACUGGGUUCCUGAGAAGAACUUGAUGUUAAGAGUAUUUCCUUCAUAUAUACAUGCUAAAAUUCGUUAGGUCAGCUUUGCAGUCUGGCCGCGUCCUGUUGGUAUCCUUUCUCGUCA